AAGUCUCAGCCAGAAAUACAGAACCCUACAACGUGUGGCAGAGAGCGCUGCUUGUCGCGGCGGCAUGUAACUAAUAUCACGAUAACUUUGUACUUGCCUUUUUCAGACCAAACUAAGUUGUUGCUACAGGUUCUGCGAAAACUCGUUCACAAUAUGGAGCUAUCAAAUGGUGUGCGCUACCAGGCAUUUGCACCCCUACGCAACUCUAUCAACGCUGUCUACCGAACCGUCAUUAGCAUAGGGACAUCCACCAUUGUCGCCACCAAGAGGACUUCUCCUUUGAUCGUCGUUGCCGCCUCUACUCUAGGCCUCGGUGCGAUAUUUUUUCGCCGUUGGGUAAGCAAGAAACGUGCAGAAAACAAAGUUGUCUUCUGUAAAUGUAAAUCUCGGCUUAAUGAUAAGGUCGUGGUUAUAACUGGAGCAACUUCAGGCAUCGGCUAUCAAGUGGCACUAAUGAGCGCUCAGCAACAGGCAACGGUAAUUUUUGGAGCGCGAGACCCCGAAAACGGAAGAGCUAUUGCUGAACAAAUCAGGCGGAAGAGUUCUAACCGAAGGGUUCACUGUCUCUAUCUCGAUCUCACAGAUUUUCAGUCAUGCAAGCGCUUCUGCGAUAAAGUUCGGGAAAUGGAACCAGUCAUAGAUUUCCUCGUGAAUAAUGCUGGCGUUCUCAAUCAAACGCCAGCGCGUACCAAGGAUGGGUUUGAAAAAACUUGGCAAACCAAUUUUUUGAGUUGCAUUAUAAUUACUGAAAAUUUGCUUGGUAGCGUAGGUGUGGGCGUCUCUGAGCAUGCGGGUAUUAUAUUCGUGUCUUCUGCAACUCGCUUAAUGGUCAACCCGUCUGAUGUUGCGAAUGUAGAACAAAUGAGAGAUGUUCCAGAAAUCACUACGUUUGAAGAAGGUAUUGGACACUAUGCUCUGACAAAGAUGGCCCUGUGGAUGUAUGCCGCUUACACGGCUUAUAGCCGCAAGAAUCGCAAAGACAUUUUCGUAGCGUCUGUUGAUCCAGGAAGUGUUUGGACUGGCUUGUUCAGAGAUAGCUGGAAGGACCUAUCCGGUUUGUACACCAGAUUGAUGUGCAUGUUGUGCUUGAGAACGCCGGCCGAAGGGGCCCAGACCAUAAUGCACUGCAUGAACUGUCCUAAAAUUAGAAAUGGCGUACUUUUGAAGGACUGCCAAGAAAUUGGUUUCCUCCCUGAGGAUGCGAUAGAAUUAAGCCCUGAAUUUGUAUCUAAAUCGUACAAAUUAAUUUCCAAGUAUCUUCCUGCUGAUUGUAAAGCGGUGGACGAAAUUAAAAUUUCACCAGACUUGUCUUUCGAAGAGAGCCCUGAAAAUGAAACUAAAGUCACCUGUUACUGAUUUAGGACUUCCAUUAUUGUGCACGUGUUUUAUUCACCACUAGUUUCGGAUUUUAUGGUUGGUUUUGUAAAGGUUUCAAUAAUAAAAGUUCGUUGAAU